ACAAAUAAUCAACUAACCAAAAUGGGUGCCAAGGAAAGUGUCGAGGCAGCUGUUAAAAUGAAUGCCGAUGGCUGGGGCCACGUGGAGCGCGGAAGUCGCUACCACGGCCAUCGGCAUAAUCAACGGUCGCAGUCGCUAAAUCGCGGCCAAGCGCUCUCGCAGGCGGACGUGAGCGGCAUGUGGUGA